GGAAGCUCGCGGCGGACGCCAUGGCGGCGGUUCUCACGGCGCUGGGGGCGACGCGGCCCUUGCUGGCGGCGCUGCGGCGCCGGAGCCCGGGUCUGGCGGCCCUGUCUUCAGAUGCCCAGUUGUUGGCAGCAGAGGAGAGGAACCAAGUUAUGCUUGACCUCAAAGCAGCAGGAUGGUCGGAAUUAAGUGAGCGGGAUGCCAUCUACAAGGAGUUUUCCUUCAAAAAUUUUAAUCAGGCAUUUGGCUUUAUGUCCCGAGUCGCCCUACAAGCAGAGAAGAUGAAUCAUCACCCUGAGUGGCUCAAUGUGUACAACAAGGUCCAGAUAACCCUCACCUCUCAUGACUCUGGCGGACUGACCAAAAGAGAUGUGAGACUGGCCAAGUUUAUUGAGAAAGUGGCUGCUUCUGUGUGAUUUCUUCAAAAUGCAUGCAUAAUCUUAUAUACUUCUGCAGUAUAUCUUGAAGGCAAUUUACAUGAACAAAAAUCAAGUUUUAAAGGAGUUCAUCCUUCUACAUUUUGUAUAAUCAGUGUGUAAAUACAAGAUGACCUAAACCUGA